AAUUUUUGAAGUGAACUGAUAAAAACGGUUGGCCGCUAACUUCAUAUUCAUUCACUCUUCUUUAUUUCAUGUUGAAAUGGAUGUUAACUAUCUUGAAAGCUUAGUAAUUCUACUACAAUUAAGUACAAUUAUAAGUAGCAAGCCUAAACACGAUCUUGCCUGUAGAGAAGAUCAUUCCGAAUAUUUGUAUUAUCCAGGUGAUGUUCUCUUGGGUGGAUUAUUUCCAAUUCACCAACGUCCAGUUAUCAGUAAAGGAAUACUACAGGAACCGAAAUUGACUGCAAUUGGCUAUAAACUUUUGGAGGCGAUGCUGUACGCAAUCGAUGAGAUUAAUUCUCGCAAAAACUACUUAAACUAUACACUUGGAGCUUUAGCCUUUGAUACUUGUGAAAAUCCAGAUAAUGCUUUAUUACAAUCACUUCAUUUCAUCGUUUUUAAUAAUCUAUUGGACGACGCUUCUAAAGUGAUCAAUUACAGAAGAUAUGCAACUGGCGGUAAACCAAUGGAAACUUAUAUAUUAGCUGUUAUUGGUGGUUCACAAAGUGAUGUAACCAUUAGUGUGGCUAAUGUUCUUAAAUUCCUUUAUAUACCACAGAUUAGUUACAUGUCAUCUUCAUCGCAGUUAGAUGACGCCGAAAAGUAUAAUUACUUUUUGAGGACGGUUCCUAGUAUUACUAAGACAAUUGACGUGAUUAUUGAAUUAUUAAGGAAAUACAACUGGUUUUAUAUAAAUGUUGUACUGGACAGCUCGGAGCAGGGAGAAUCAAAUUAUGGUGUUUUCAUGGAGAAGUUAAGCCAAUAUAGCGAAACUAUAUGUGUAGCAAAAGAUGUCAGACUGAUAGCUUAUCCUCUAGAUGCUAAGGAUAUAGCCAGAAGAUUGAAAACUAUACAAGAUUCUCCAGCUUCAGUUAACAUUCUAUUAGUAACACCAAAAACUGCAAAUUUGGCAAUCAAUGAACUACUCAAAUGGAAUCAGAUUGAUCGCAAUCGCUUUCUAUGGAUUGGAACAAAUGGUCUUAUUCCAAGUUACAGAGAAUUAUAUGUAACUGAAGAUUUGAAUUCAAAGUAUGUGAAAGAAUUCAAUGGAUUUCAAAAAUUUAUCCUGGUUCUACCAUAUGUAAUUGAAGAAGAGAAAAUGAAAAACUAUUCUAUUAACCUACGAAGAACAUUUAAUUUAACCAGCUGGUCAAACUCUUAUCUAUUGCAGUUCUGUGGUUGUCUACCAAACGAGGUUGAUUUAUACAACUCUAGUGGUGAAAUUUGUACAAAGAAUGAAGAAGAAGAAUGCCUAUCAUAUCUUUACAAAGAUUCAAUUUAUUACGUACCUCAGGUGGUCAACUCUGUGUACGCGGUAGCAAAUGCAUUGAGACAACUAUUUAUUCAGUACCCAAUGGUGAAAUGGCACAACACCUCAGGUGAACAAAUGAGGAAAUUACUGCUGGCUCAAUUGCAUCAAUGUCAGUUCGAAGGUUUUGGCAAUGAAAUUUUUACAUUUUUCGAUAAACGUGAUGGUCAGCCCAAAUUCACGAUUUUAACGUUUCUUCCGUAUGCAUUGAAAUGGAAGGUACUAGCUCAGUACGGCGCAUCAACGAAUCACAGCUUUUACUACAUAAAUGAGAAUAUUUCAACUUAUAUUCACGAAACAGUUCCUGAAUCUGUAUGUUCUAAGCCAUGUAAUGUAGGACAAAUAAAGCGUAUUGAAUGGGGUCGUUCAUGUUGUUGGACAUGUGUAAAUUGUUCAUCACAACAAAUUGUUACUUCAGUUGUGGAUAGUAAUAAUAACUACGAACGAAGCUUCUAUCAUGCUAUGUCAGCUAUGUGUCAAUUUUGCAAUCCCGGAUACAGACCGAAUAAAAACCAAACAAAAUGUCAAAUGCUACCAAUAAAAUACAUGUCUAUACAAGAAAUAGUUGCACAAGCCUCAGUUGGAAUAUCAUCCAUUGGUUUGAUUCUUUGUUUAAUUGUAUCAGUUGUAUGCAUAAAAAACUGGCAAACACCUAUUGUUAAAGCAUCUGGAAAAGAAACAUCAAUCAUAUUAUUUCUAGGCAUUAUAUUAUCAUAUAUAUCAGGUGAAUUAAUUCUUGCUUUACCUCCAUCAACAUUUAUAUGUAAUUUCGCAAUAUUCUCUGUUGGUUUCUGUAUUACACUUACUUAUUCAGCUAUUUUUGCAAGAAGUUCGCGAAUCAACUCAAUAUUUCAAGUAAGUGAAUUACAAGGAUUGAGACCACAGAAAAUUUCUGGUCCAGCGUCACAGCUUAUAAUAAUCAGUGUAUCCUGUGCUACACAAUUGCUUGUAUUGUCUAUAAUUUGUGGAGUUUCGCCCACUUCUCCAAACUUGAUAUUAUCUGAUUAUGAAGCAAACUCUCCAUAUUCUACAAUAGAUACAAGAAGAUCAGUGAUGCUUUCCAAUGAUGGCGAUUCUAACCGAUUCGUCAGUAAUAUUACUCAUCUGAUAGUUCAUGGACUACCAAACAAUUUAAUGUUAUGCUUUCCAAACUUUACUAUUAAACAAAUCAUUACAAUAUUCAUACCAUUGAUACUGAUGUGUUUGUCAACUGUGUAUGCUUAUAAAAUACGCAAAGUACCAAGUGGAUUUAAUGAAGCCAGAGCUUUAGCAUUUGUUAAUUAUAUUAAUUGCAUUUGCUUUGUCACAACGCCAGUACUUAUGUAUUAUGCUCAAAAAACCACAUUAGAGUUGGUACCCUUAAGUUUCUUAUUGAUUGCUACUGCCACAAACGAAUUCAGUUUACUCAUUCUACCAAAGGUAAUGUUAAUUCUACUGUUUACUAUUCGUUUUUCAACAUGUGUGUGUUGUUUUGUGAGUAGUUUAUUAGUUUAAAGGGUGGCAUAUUUUUCAUAAUGAAUUACCAGGGUGUUAAUUACAUUCCAUUACGUUCAAAAUUCGUUCAAAACAAUAUAUGAUUUUGUUGUUGGUAGUUGAACCUUGAUAAGAUAUCCGAUAAUUCACUGAAUAAGAAGUAAACAAUCUGCACAACACAAAGAAAAAGAUUAUAAAAAAUCAGAGUGUUAUCAAAUAGCUAGAAGUUAUGAGUAGUAUGGUCAGGCUAUAUAAUCAGUCUAGAGAUGAACAGCAAAACUAACUUUAAGACUGUAUUCACCACUGACUGACACCGUUUGGAGAACCGUUGCAAACCUGGAAGCACUGAACAGUUAUUUCGUCCUGGCAUGGGACUCCUCAUAUUGACCCUUCCAGGGGUCAUACUCAGGACCCUCAGGUUUCAAGACUAGCUUAUUAUUAUUAUUAUUAUGCCACUAAGUUGAAAUCUAAUGGUUCACAUUUUCCUACUUCUGACAAUUUGAAAUAUAGCGUGAUCUUCAUCUAAUGCUGUUGUUGAGUAUUUUUCCUCACAUUCAACUCGGUCUUCCCCAAAGGUCACUUCUCACUAAAACUUCUGGAAAUCUCAUCCCAAAGGCUAUAUCUCAUGAGCAGUGGAUAGUAACACAACUGCUGUCAUUCGAUGAUAAAUACCUCCUUGAGAUAAGUAAAUCCCUACUAAACUUCAAAGUGAACGAAAGUAUUCAUCGUGAAUUGAUAUCAGUUGGAGAAACAUUAGAAACCUGAUAGCACUGGACAGCUGUUUCAUCCUAGUAUAGGACUCCUCAGCAGUGCGCACCCCCGACCCCACCAAGGAUCGAACCCACAAACCCCUAAAUUUGGUUGAACUGGUGCUCAUUGGUGACUAGCUUCGAGAGGCGAUUCCCGAAAUCUCAGUGAGAAGUCGUGACCAGUGGGUCAGACCUUAUGAUUAUGAGGAGAAAUACUCAGCGAUAACAUUAGGUUGCGGUUGCUCUAUGUCAUGAACUGACAGAAGUUUAAAGUAUGGACCACUGUAUAUUGACUCAGUCGAUCAAUGGUGAUGUGUUGGCCACGGAACCUGAAGUUCACGGGUUCGAUCUCUGGCGGAGUGGUGGGUGCCCUCUGAUGAGGAGUCCUAUGCUAGGACGAAACAGCUGUCCAGUGCUUCGAGGUUUCCAAUGUUUCUUUAACUGAUGUCAGUUCACGAUGAAAACAAACUUGAAAAACUUCUAAACCCCCACAAACCCUCAAAUUCAAUUGAACGAAAUUAACUGUACAACACAUUUUUAUGACACCUCUGCACUGAAGAGGAAGAUAAAACCACCUACUUGUAGUUCAUGAUGCCAAGUAAUUUGAACGAAAUUACCAGUUUUUCUUGUUAAGAAAACUUUCACAGAUUUCAUUAUAAUCUUUUUAACAUAUACCGAAACAUUAAAUUAAACUGAAGGUAACUAAAGACAAACCUAGGAUGAAACAAAAAAUAGAUAGAGAUUACCUUCUUGUAUGUCCUACCUCACAUAUAUAAAUUAAGUGCAGAUACCUCUUUUUUCAGCCUAGUGAUUGGGACAUACUGAAUAUAUGUUAACUAAA